UAUCUCAACUAACUAGUUAAAAAAAUUAGAUAGAACCCAUAUCAUAUAUUAAAUUUCUUCGCAAACAUCUGAGAGAGCCUUGUCCCUAACAAGCGGUGGUCUUAGCCCCUUCUUUACGGGUGUGUUAGAUUUCCCUCCACGCCAAAAAGUGACCGCCCACCUCAAAGGAACAGGAAAUCACUUAUUAAAUUAUCACUUACAAUACCGUUUGAUCCUCGUAACAUCAGCUCGCCUUAAAGCGUUUAAAACAGUAAGCAAGUCCUUAAAACUUCAGGGUUACCCGGAUGAACCCUUUUAAACCUAAAAAAUUUGGACUUGUUUUACGACCAACAAAGAAAAAUGAGAACCACUUAUCCAAAGUACACACCCUAUUAAACAAUGCUGGAAACACCUCAAUCUUUGAAGGGAGCAGUGAAGAGGAAGAAACUGAAGUUAAAAGUAAAGUCAAUUACGAGCUUAGGCAACCUAGAGUUUUGAAAGGGGAUGAUGUUGCGCUUCGCAAAGCUUUGGAAGAAGAUGCCUCUAUAUUUGAGUAUGACGCCGUUUACGAAAAAAUUUCAAGCGCCAAUAAGAUAUUUGACGCCAGUACUUUAAAUAGAAAACAGCCAAAAUAUUAUGAAGCUCUAUUAAAAGGCGCACAUUUAAGAAAGUUAGAAAAUGAAAGAAGAAUUGACCGCCAAGAACAUAAAAAAAGAAUACAGGAAAAAGAGGAGUUUGUUGGAAAAGAAGUUAUUGUAACUGCAAGCUAUAAGAAGAAACUUGCCGAAAGACAGCUGGCAGAAGAACUUGAAAAACAGAAAGAAGCUUUAGAGGAAGCUCAAAACGUUUCGCGAAAGAGUGAUCUUAGCGCUUUUUAUGCUAGCUUACUAAAUAACAGUUUCGAUUUUGAAGAUCCUACCAGUAAGUUAAAAGAGGAUCUUGAAGGGAAAAUUUUUUCGAGCUCGAGCGCUUUAGCCAUAGGUUCUCCCACUAUGUCCGAAGAGAUUAACGUAAACAAAGAAGUCUUAGAGAAGAACGAUUAUGCUUUUCGAGAAAACUCUUUUUUGAACGAAAUUAGUUAUGUAGCUAAAAAGGAUGAAGUUUGUCAAAAAGCUGUUGGUCAGUUUAAAAGAAAAACAGUUGACUCUGUCGUGGAGGUCGCCAAAAGAAAGGCGAUGGAAAGAAGAUUACGGAGGGAAAAGCAUAGGAGUGACGGUGAACCACCUACCUAGCAGUAGUUAA